ACAGUUGAAUACAGCGAGAGUAAAAGUCCCCAAACGCAGUGUUUGCCAUGAAAGGUCAAAGAAACAACAAAAAAUUAACAACAAUCGUUUUGCUGGUAUUAAAAAUAUCCAAAUAAUUAAUUGUUGAAUUAAGCCGCCGUGUAUAUUGUUAUAAACAGGUUGAACGAUUGUGACUGCAUUGAGUGGGAAGUCAAGCAUCAAAGAUGAGUGCCCCUCCGCCACCGCCUUGCGACUGGCAAACCACCCGAAAACUGGUGAAAGAAAGAGGGCAGUACCUCCUUGAAACCGGGAUGUGGAGCGACUGCAGAUUUAUUGUGGGCACAGACCCCAAUCAGCAGGUCCUGGAAGGACACAAGCUUUUUUUAGCCAUGUCUAGUCCAGUUUUCGAAGCUAUGUUUUUUGGGGGGAUGGCUGAGAAAGACCCAAUUGCAAUACUCGACGUACAACCUGACGCAUUUAAAGCUUUAUUAGAGUACAUCUACACCGAUAAAAUCAAUUUAACGUCUUUUGACCAAGCUUGCGAGCUGUGCUAUGGCGCUAAAAAGUACAUGUUGCCCCACCUAGUGGAAGAGUGCACCAAGUAUUUGUGGUCGGAUUUGUACCCAAAGAACGCCUGUCGCGCCUACGAAUUCGCCAAGUUGUUUGAGGAGCCGAUUUUGAUGGAAAAAUGCAUGCUUAUAAUCUGCAAUCAGACGCAAGAAGUUCUCUCAGAGAGCAGCUUUGACGAUGUUGAGCUUAGCACAAUCCUUACAGUUUUCGACCAAGACGAACUAAACAUCAGCUCAGAACUAGAACUGUUUUCUGCCAUUUCUCGUUACGCAGCAAGGCACAAUCAAAGUUCAGGGAACCCGUCUAGUGAGGGCAGUAAUGGCAAUCAUCCCACAAUAAGGGAUGCCAUUAUGAAGAUCAGGUUCCUCACUUUGACACCACAACAGUUUGCUGAAGUCCCAGCGAGUUGUAAUCUCCUAACAGAGUCGGAAAAAUUCGCGAUUCUGAUGAAUAUUUGCUCACCCAGCGCCACCACGCCGAUGCCUCCAGGGUUCUCAACGUCUAGGAUCGCCAGGAGGAGGAAACAAAGCAUCAGGAAUGAGUGCAUAUUUAUGGGUGGAGCUUCCUCGAUGGAUACAUCUCGGACUUCGAUGAUUAAAUUUAGUUUAUCAGCCAACGAGGGCGGCAAUGAAUCCCCAAAAAAACUCUAUUGUUGCCGUCAAUUACUGCGAAUAACAGAAUGCAUGAAUACAAGCGUUCUCGAUUGCGCAGUUACAUUUACUUGCGACCGAAAUGUUUGUGUGUAUGGAAUUCAGGUGCCCACACAAAUACCGGUGGAGGACGACCGCCAGCAGUCGUACUCCUAUCCGGAGCUGCUCUACGCCCAUCUGCUGGAUGCCGACGGAAGUCGCCUGACUUACACGCACUUCACCACGAGGGUGGCUUUCAGGUCUCUGAUUGAAAUCUCCUUCAACAGACCCGUUUACAUACAGCGGAAUAAGGUGUACAAAGUUGGAGUGGUUUUGAAUAAAAUUGGGCGAUAUCCUAUUGGCACAUAUCCAAGUCAGUCCACUUGCAAUGGAGUCGUUUUUACUUUUAGCCAAGGCCAGAGUGGCGACUCCGUCAGAGAUGGGCUAGUGCGUUCAAUAAUUUUCUCAAUACCCUCGUCGAAUCACAACAGUAUUAAUAACCCGGGAAUAUCUGGUAUACCCGGUGACCAUAACAAAAUGUCCAACAUCAUCUAAUGCCCAUGACUCGAUUCUAGAUGUAUUUGUGUAUUAAAUGUAUGUUUAUUUUUAAAUGAAAUAAAUAAAUGGUGAUUCA